AUGGAGCAAGACCUUGUUACACUAAAGUUUGUUGUCCUUGGCUCCCUUGUCACCCUUGGCGUGGAAAUAAAUAUUAGACAUGAACACAAGGCAAUUGGGGAAGGCUGCCACCCGCCACACCCUCAGCUGCGGCCACCCGCAACACCUACAGCUGCGGCCGCCCGCCACACCCACAGCUGCGGCCGCCCGCCACACCCACAGCUGCGGCCGCCCGCCACACCCACAGCUGCGGCCGCCCGCCACACCCACAGCUGCGGCCGCCCGCCACACCCACAGCUGCGGCCGCCCGCCACACCCACAGCUGCGGCCGCCCGCCACACCCACAGCUGCGGCCGCCCGCCACACCCACAGCUGCGGCCGCCCGCCACACCCACAGCUGCGGCCGCCCGCCACACCCACAGCUGCGGCCGCCCGCCACACCCACAGCUGCGGCCGCCCGCCACACCCACAGCUGCGGCCGCCCGCCACACCCACAGCUGCGGCCGCCCGCCACACCCACAGCUGCGGCCGCCCGCCACACCCACAGCUGCGGCCGCCCGCCACACCCACAGCUGCGGCCGCCCGCCACACCCACAGCUGCGGCCGCCCGCCACACCCACAGCUGCGGCCGCCCGCCACACCCACAGCUGCGGCCGCCCGCCACACCCACAGCUGCGGCCGCCCGCCACACCCACAGCUGCGGCCGCCCGCCACACCCACAGCUGCGGCCGCCCGCCACACCCACAGCUGCGGCCGCCCGCCACACCCACAGCUGCGGCCGCCCGCCACACCCACAGCUGCGGCCGCCCGCCACACCCACAGCUACACGCUGGCAACACCUACAGCUACGCGCUGGUUGACUUUUCGGUUAAGACCAGUUUUUGCAGGAGCAUCACAGAGUCAAAGGAAGAACCUCGCAAUGGUCGGCAGUCACAUCAAAUAAAGCCUAGCACAUGGGGUCGGCAGCCAGAUGAUGUUGCUGGCCAAGGGGUGAGGCCACACCACCACACAAAUGGCCACACUAUUAAUGUAACAGGACAUUAUCGCUAG